CCGAGACAGGUAUUGUGACGGCGAUUUUACCCGGCAUCGACACCAGCUCCAUGUCUGGGUCAAAGCAAUCUAGAAAACGCAAAUACCGCUCAGACGGUCCGGCACCGACGUGGGCCAAACGUGCGAUCGACGGACCAGGUAUCUGGGCGAGCUGCGUGAAGGGCAAGGAAAAGCAGACUGUUGGAGAAUUAUAUGAUCUCUUCGAAUCGCUGGCCAGCCAGCUAUGGCCGAUCGAGGGAGACAUAGAGGACCACGCAGAGAGAUAUUGUGACCGGGACCCAGCUGAAGAUGAAGACGAAGGAGGAAAUCUCGAAGAUCAGAUUGCCAGAGAGCUCGCCGCGAUCAAACGCCCGCGGACGGAAAGCAGAUUCACAAGCUGUCAUACGAAUACCCCUUGCGUGAUUUUCAUUUCUUGCAAACCACCGGUGGACCCGGUGAAGCUCGUCGCUACACACGUCCAGAACGUUCAACGGACCGGGGUAACGAAAACGAAGUAUACACAUCGUUUAACGCCUGUUUCGGGGACAUGCGUGGCAAACCUUCCAGAAAUCCAUUCCCUGUGUUGUCGCGUCUUCGCCCCAUUCUUCACGGAAAAUGGGGGCGACGACCCACCCAAAACUCACAAGUACAAAACCGAGUUGCGAAUCUGCAAUCACAACACCCUAACACGCAUGGAAGUCAUCCAAGAGGUUGCAAAAUGUAUCCCCGAGAGUUAUACAGUAGAUCUCGACAAUCCAGAGGUAUUUGUCCUCGUGGAAGUUUUCAAGAGCGUGUGUGGUGUAAGCAUCUUGAAGGAUUACUAUCGACUUCAAAAGUUCAAUGUCAUGACCCUGGCUAACGAGAAGAAUGAGACAGAGAAUUUUAAGCAUGGGACAGGUCGAGUCAAAGGAAAGGAAGACGUUGGGGAGGCUGGUACUACAGAAGUGCGUAAUAAAGACGAUAUUUAAAUAGCUGGUAGUCGACUGCAGUUAACUUGCAUGGGUACACUCCCCCUAGCGUGGGGGGGUCGGGGAAGGACGGACGCAACGCAUAACCUUAAAAGUGGUAAAGGGAGGUUAGAACGUCAGUCUCCGGCUCGAAACAUGGUAGGAAGUCAAAACCGCCGCGUCACUCGAUCUGUGCUGUCAAGCAUGCAAUUGCAACUUUCAGAAGGUGACUUUCAAAGUUGCCAACCCGUUAUUA